AUGAACCGCUCCAUCACAGGCGCUUGGGCCAACCAGCGCAACAGGAUAUCCUUGAAUAGCCCUCUCCCACCUUCUUCGCCAUCCUCUUCCUCGGCUGCAUCCAAUAUACCCGUUCCACCUCCCCCCGGAUCAGCCGCUGCUGCUGCCUUGGCUAGACAGCAGCAGGCGCAAGCUCAGCAGCAGAACGGAGACAACCCGUCGUCAACCCAGAACCAAGCAGAUGCCGACUCAUCCGCUGCAGCGGCUGUUUCUCCGAUUGCGAGCGGCUCGACGCGGCAGAGUUCGCCCAACCCUGCCUUGAUCGCAUCUACCUCUUCGCCUGUCAAGCGCAAGUCGCGCUCUUCACGCAUCGAAGGAAGCGGCUCGGCUGGCCCCUCUACAGCAUCUUCAUCGUCCAAGCGACCCAAAGGUCUCAUCUCCAAGCUUGUGAAUACCGCCGAGAAAUAUACCCCUCCAGCCACUCGUCUGGCCGAUCUCGGUGGCAUCUCCCACGCUAUCGAAAAGAUUCUGGAACUCAUUGCUAUGCCCUUGUGUCACCCCGAGAUCUACGCGCACACCGGUGUCAAGCCUCCUCGCGGUGUAUUGCUGCACGGCCCCCCAGGAUGUGGAAAGACCAUGCUUGCCGGCGCAGUGGCAGGAGAGCUCGGUGUGCCGUUCCUCUCGAUCUCGGCGCCUUCUGUCGUUUCUGGGACCUCGGGAGAGUCGGAGAAGACGAUCCGCGACACUUUCGACGAAGCCGCUUCCAUCGCACCUUGCAUUCUCUUUAUCGACGAGAUCGAUGCCAUUACGCCCAAGCGAGAGACGGCUCAGCGAGAGAUGGAACGCCGCAUUGUCGCUCAGCUUCUCACCUCUCUCGACGACCUCAGUUGGGAAAAGACUGACGGAAAACCAGUCAUGAUCAUCGGCGCCACCAAUCGACCCGACAGUCUUGAUCCUGCCUUGAGACGAGCAGGACGUUUCGACCAUGAAAUCGCAAUGGGUGUUCCCGAUGAGGACGGUCGUGAACAAAUCUUGCGAGUGCUCGCGCAAAAGCUUCGUCUCUCUGGAGACUUUGACUUCCGCGCGCUGGCCAAAGCCACACCCGGCUAUGUUGGCGCCGAUCUCACCGCUUUGACUUCGGCUGCAGGCAUCAUUGCGGUCAAACGCAUCUUCCAGCAGCUUAGCGAACAUGACUCGCUUCCAUCCAGUCUAUCAGCUGAACGCAUCUCUCAGGCUAUCGGCCUGCAUACCCCCCACGUUCAGCAAGAUGCAGCAGCCACUGGUGAUGUCGACAUGGACGAUCCCGAUCUGGCAGCGGCGGUUCUUGUGGUACAGGACACACCGGAAGCUGCACAAGCUCUUCCAGACGCAGCUGUUGCAGCUGCAGCGACGGAAGUCGGUAGUGAUACCCCGGGCGCAUCCACGGGCGCAGCGACACCUGUUACUGCUGCUGGUGACGGCACACCGACGCCAGUGUCCACCUCUGUCGCGCCCUCCAACGUCCGCCCUUCAGCCACUUUCUUUGAGGCCCUUCCUGAAAAUGUACGCGACUCGUCGAUCGCCUCGUUCCUCAAGAACCACCCUUUGCCUCUCACAGACGCACAGCUCGCACCUCUCGCCAUCACCAACGCCGACUUCCUCGUGGCGCUUCCCUCUGUGCAGCCCUCCUCCAAGCGCGAGGGCUUUGCUACCGUGCCGGACGUAUCCUGGGCCGACGUCGGUGCCCUGCACUCGACACGCGACGAGCUGUCCAUGGCCAUCGUGGAGCCCAUCAAGCGACCCGAGCUGUUCCGCUCGGUCGGUGUCUCGGCCUCUUCCGGUGUGCUCCUCUGGGGCCCGCCCGGUUGUGGUAAGACGCUGCUCGCCAAGGCGGUUGCCAACGAGUCGCGCGCCAAUUUUAUUUCGGUCAAAGGACCCGAGCUGCUCAACAAGUACGUCGGUGAAUCGGAAAAGGCAGUGCGUCAGGUGUUCGCGCGCGCACGAACAUCGUCGCCGUGCGUCAUCUUCUUUGACGAGCUCGACGCGCUUGUGCCGCGUCGAGACGACUCGCUCUCGGAAAGUUCGAGCCGAGUGGUCAAUACACUGCUCACCGAGCUGGACGGGCUCGAGUCGCGCGUACAGACGUACGUCAUUGCUGCCACCAACCGACCGGACAUGAUCGACCCUGCCAUGUGCCGACCCGGUCGACUCGACAAGCUGCUCUACGUCGACCUGCCCAAGCCCGACGAACGCCUCGAGAUUCUCCGGACCAUCACGGGCAAGACUCCCCUGAGCGAUGAGGUGGAUCUACAGAGCAUUGCACAUGACGCUAAGCUCGAGGGCUUCUCUGGAGCCGACUUGGCAGCGCUGGUGCGCGAAGCCGCUGUGCUGGCAUUGAGGGAGACUAUCCUGUUCCGCAACUCUCAGUCUACCCCUGCUCCCGCAUCAGGGUCGGCGAAGAAGGCCAAGAAGGCCGAGCAGGAGGGCGUCAAGGUGUUGGUCAUGCAGGCGCAUUUCGUCGCGGCGCUGGCCAAGAUCCAGCCCUCUGUCUCGGCGCAGCAGCGACGCAAAUACUUGUCGCUCAGGCAGAAGCUGCAGGGUUCGGUACCGAUUGAUGCUGGGUCGAGUGGGGGCGGCAGACGAGCGAGAUUCGAGGGUGAGGGCGAGGGCGAGGACGGCAGUGGUCCGACUCCUGCAGUCUAG